AUGUCAGCUGUUGGAUCUCUUAUUUUCUGUACUUCCUGUGGUAACUUACUUGAUUCCAUUUCACACCAACAACAUCUAACUUGUUCAGUCUGCAGAAAACAAUACCCAUCGAACCAAUUCAGCAAGCUAAAGGUUGUCACCCACACAUCACCAGAUGCCUUCCCUUCUGCUUUGAAAUCCAGAAAGUCGCUAGUGAAAACCACCCUCAAACACGACGAAAUAGAAGACGGUGCAACAAUCAAGGAAAAGUGUCCUCAAUGUGGACAUGAUGAAAUGCAAUAUCAUACUUUACAACUUAGAUCGGCCGAUGAAGGUGCUACUGUUUUCUAUACAUGUACCAAGUGUGGAUAUAAAUUCAGAACGAACAACUGA